UGAGUUUUUGCUGUGCCGGGGCUGUAGCAUUUUCAUACCGCUGUCGACCUUUGGAUCUCAGCCCUUGGGAAGAGUAGGUAGAUCCGCCGUCCUCGCUGACAAUUGGCUGUGCUCCUCUUCUCUUAAUUACUGCUGCUUCCAAUUGCGCUUCAGCUUGUAACCAAAACAGAGAAAUGAUGUGGCGCGAGUGUGCGCGAUGCUGCUGGAGCCCAAAGUCCCCGGUCCUUAGCGCAGGCACUUAUCGGAAUGUUUGAAGAUUAACGAGGUUAACCGUGUCCUCUAGACCACCAGAGCUACAGCAGCUGUUCCCAGCAGGCCACGAAGCCACCAUAGCAGCCGGACAGCGUGUGGAGUCGGACUGACAGGAAGGAAGUAACCGCUGUAUCUGAUCGGGACAAGCAGAGCCCAGUACCAUGACUGAAAAACGAAUGUCGCGGUGGUAUUUCGGUGGGCUGGCAUCAUGUGGAGCCGCCUGCUGCACUCAUCCUCUGGAUCUCAUUAAGGUACACUUACAGACGCAGCAGGAGGUGAAGAAGAGGAUGAUAGGAAUGGCCGUUCAUGUGGUGAAGAACGACGGAGUCCUGGCUCUAUACAGUGGUCUGUCUGCUUCACUGUGUAGACAGAUGUCAUAUUCCCUCACCAGAUUUGCCAUCUAUGAAACAGUGAGGGACAUGCUGGGCAGCACGAACCAGGGCCCCAUGCCUUUUUACCAGAAGGUCCUGCUGGGAGCCUUUGGAGGUUUCACUGGUGGGUUUGUUGGGACCCCUGCAGACAUGGUGAAUGUCAGGAUGCAGAAUGACAUGAAACUACCACCAGAACUGAGGAGAAACUACAAACAUGCCAUUGAUGGGCUCUUUAGAGUCUUCAGAGAAGAGGGCAUAAGGAAACUCUUUUCAGGAGCCUCCAUGGCCUCCAGCAGAGGAGCAAUGGUUACUGUGGGACAGUUGGCAUGUUAUGACCAAGCCAAGCAGCUGGUGUUAGGAACAGGCAUGAUGGGAGAUAACAUAUUCACACACUUUCUUUCCAGCUUCAUUGCUGGAGGCUGUGCUACAUUCCUGUGUCAGCCUCUAGAUGUACUGAAGACGAGGCUGAUGAAUUCAAAAGGAGAGUAUACAGGGGUGAUACACUGCUUACGAGAAACGGCCAAACUGGGUCCACUGGCAUUUUACAAGGGACUUGUUCCUGCAGGAAUCCGCUUGAUUCCCCACACAGUGCUCACCUUCAUCUUCCUUGAGCAGCUCAAGAAAUACUUUGGCAUUCGUAUCAUCUCCUGAUUGCCCUCCGACCAGCCGCUCUUCAGCCACCCUCACUGCCUAUCAAUACACCCACAGUCACUCUGCUGUUCAUCAAAGGAAAGAAGGGAAGGAAGGAAGACAUGCACAGUUUGAUAAUGCUGGUGUAUGCUUUCCCUCUCCUUUAGCUCUACCUCUACAUUACAGCUAGAAGUCGAAUUGUUUUUAUAUUUGGAGCACCAACUUCCAGUAAGGAGCUAAUCCUCUUCUGAUUACCAUAAAUACUAAUGGUAUGAUAUUAGUUAGAAAUGACUUAAUCUAAAGGGUCUGUAAUGGGUUAUUAGAAUGACGGAUAAUAAAAUUAUAGAUAGAUAUCCAUGAUAAUUUUAGCUACAGAUUGGUACGUGAUUGUAACAAUUUAAUUAACAAUUAUUGCUUAAAUAUGUCCUUUUCUAACCUUUGAUUGUUAUCAUAUUAUACCAAGACCAUGAUUAGGAUUUAUAGAGUUGUAAAAUCUACUUAUGAAGCUUAUAAACAAACCCAGCAUGACCUUGUCCUCAGUGUAACUCUGAUAGACAGUAACAGUAAAUACCAAA